CAGUGGUAUUGAUAAUCAUGGUUGUCAUACAAAGAUCAAUGAAUUUCCGCUCACAAGUAGAGGUAAAUCGCGUAAUCGGAGUGACAGAUUGCGAGCAAAAUUUACCAUCGAUGGCGUGCUGGCUUAUCUGGCUCAUUGUUUGAGCGGUGCAAGUCCGACCCCGCUUGAGUCUGUACCGCUUAGACUGGCACGAUAAAAAAAUGAAUGGGGAAAAAGGGUCGGUUUGACUACAUAUUAUUCUAAGUGGCGCAAUCCUGUUCGUAUUUUUAAUGGUUCGUCGUGGUUUGAACCUUAUGACAACCCGUCUUCCUUGUGAAAAGAUAUAAAACCUGGCAACUUCGUGCUUCAUUACUUCCAAGAAAUUUUCUCUAUACAUACAAUGCCACCAAACACAGAAUCUGUAGAAGUCAUCACCGAGCAAUUCGAAAAGAAGCUUAACCUCAAGGAGCUCGCACACAAGGGAAGAUACGUUAUCUAUCCUACCACCAAGUAUCCCGAUUAUGAAGCUUUCGAACACGUCGAUCCUGGCCACAAGGGAGAUCCUGCGAAGAAGGCUCUUUUGGACCCUGCCACCGCUGUCAUUGAAUUGACUCCUCAUAUUGGUACAGAGAUCCAUGGACUUCAAUUGCACGAAUUGAACGAGCAACAAAAGAACGAUCUUGCCUUGUUGGUCGCUGAGCGAGGUGUUGUCUUCUUCCGCAAACAGGAGAUUGACGUUUACCAGGGUCGCGAAUUUGGAAAGCACUUUGGCCCUCUUCAUAUUCAUCAAAACUUUGGCCACCCUGAAGGAAUGCCUGAAGUUCAUGUUAUCCACUUUGAUGAGAAUUCUAAUCGCAGCCACUUCAAAACCUUCAGCCACCAAGAUGGAUGGCAUUCUGAUGUCACCUAUGAGAUUAAUCCCGCUGGCCUUACUUUCUUGAAGCUUGAUACUCUCCCAGCUGUUGGAGGUGACACCCUCUGGGCAUCUGGUUAUGCUGCAUACGAUAGAUUGUCUCCACCUUUCCAAAAGUUCCUUGAAGGAUUGGAAGCUGUUCACUCUGGUUUGGAUCAGAGCAAUGCUGCUCUCAGAGCUGGUCACACUGUCCGUCGCACUCCUAUCGAAACCGUCCACCCUGUUGUCCGUACGCAUCCUGUCACUGGAUGGAAGAGCUUGUUCGUUCAACCUGGAUUCACCCGCAGCAUUGUUGGUGUUAGCAAGAGAGAAUCUGAAGCUAUCUUGAACUUCCUGUAUGCUCACAUUGCUGGUGGUGUCGACUUCCAGGUCCGUCUCAAGUGGGAAGAGAACACAGUCGCUGUCUGGGACAACCGAAGCACCUUCCACAACGCUGUCUUUGACUAUCUUGAUGUUGGUCUCAGACACGGCUGGAGAAUCACUCCUCAAGCUGAAAAGCCCUACUUCGAUCCCAACAGCAAGAGCAAGGCUGAUUCCACUGUUCGACGAUAUGUCAAGGAACCCGCCACUGAAGGCUACAACUUCCUUUUGUAAACGUCUUGUAUAACCAAACAUUCAUGUAUAAUAAAAUAAAAACAGUAUUUUUAAUAUCAAGCCGAAG